AUGAUCAUGCGAUAUAUCCCGUCCUUGUGCGGUGUUCUCUUGACUCACUCAAAUUCGCAUUUCCCGAGUCCAACAGCGAGCAUCAAUGCCGACUGUCCUUUCGCGAUCUGCGAUGUCACUUUCGAUGCUACGAUCUGGAGCCUAAUUAUAUCUAUGAAACUUGUUGGUAAAGUUAUCCUAUAUUCUCCCGAUCACGUCUCGCUACUCCUCCACCGUAUGUUUAACGUUUCCAUACCACGACGUCACAUUCCACAAGACCUCUGGGAAUUCGAAUAUGGAGAAGGGUCAUCCGUCGAGGAAGAAGGGGAUGGAGGACUGAAGGGUGAUGUUGUUGAGGAGGCGGGAGGCGAUGCGGUACCGGAGGCGAGCGGACAGUGGGUACACCGUGUGACGGGGACGAAGCUUGGCGGAACAGAUGAGUAUCUAGAAUUUACGGUUAUUGGGUGA